UGAACAUCCCUGCCCUACAUACUAAAGAAAUUCAGAGAAGGGGAAGUCAGAGUGGUCUGCUGUAGCCAGGUUUUGAUUCAUGAAACAUGAAACAUGAGACCUGAAGAUUUAGAAAAGAUUUCAGUGGUCAGAGAGGACACUGGACAUUGUGGGCAGGGGGCAGACAUAAAGAGAAAAGGCACAGAAGGAGAGAAGUGAACAUGACAUGUUCAGAGUAGGAUUGAAAAAACAAUCUGGCAGGUGCCAGAGGCAUGUAAGGGCACGCUGGGAGAUGAGAAAGCAGUGAGGGGCCUGAUUGAGAGGGGCCUUUUUCAUUCAGGAGAAGUGGAGCUAUGUAAACAACAAUAACAGCUGACUGUGGUGAACUAGGAAGAUUAUCUGGUACUGAAGUGUGGACUGCAGAGGGUAGAUCCUGCAGACAGUGAGACCAGUUUGAAUAUCACUGUGAUCAUCUGAAUAUUGGGGAUAGUAAGUAGCAACAGAAACACAAUCCUUUAGGUAAGUAAAGAUUUUAUAAAUAAUGAGAUAUAAUGAACCAGAGUCAAAAUGAUUGUAAGAAGAACUAUGAUGCCACUGAUAAAAUCAAGGGACUCUGGGAAAACAGCUAUUAAUAGCUUGGUGAGGAAGUUUGGACAUCUUGAAGCUGAUGUGGGACAUUCAAGCUGAAGGGCUGGGUAGGCAACUGAAUAUGCAAAACUGGACCUCAGGUAAGAAGGCAGUGAAAUGCUGAGUGUGGAGACAUCCUUUGUGCUGAAUAGCUUCCUUCUUCCACCCUAAUCUUCCCUACUUUUUCUCCAACCUGCUCCACAGCCUAGAAGCCAAGUUUGGACCAUCUAGUACAUCAAGCUGAACUUCCUUGUCUUCCGGUUUUCAGUAGAGUUCAGUCAAAGGCAAGCACUGGCAACAGACUGGAGCUGUGAAGGAGAACAUAGUUGAGGUGUCUCUUUCUCCUGGCUCCUUGUUUUGAGAUCUGGCUGGGUCCCCGCCCAAUGGAAGGUCACAGCUCCUAGCCAUUAGCACAUGAGAACACGUAGGCUGUAAUGGCAUCCUCAGGCUGGUGUAUCUUCAAAUCUUUCUUCCCUCUCAAGGGGACAGACGCGAGCCCUUCCAACCUGCAGGGCUGAUUUGAAGUAGAAUGUUUAUAACCAGACUGCCAGUGAGUCCUCAAUGAGAGGAGAGAUUAGAGGGGAGAGAUCAAGGAGUCCAUAGAGUCUCAUGCUACUGAUGUUCUAGUGUUUCUCAGCUUGGGUAAAAGUUUGAUAAGCUACUCGAGGAAAGUCACCGAACAGGUACUGCGCACCCACCACGUGCCAGGCAAUGGGGCGCUUUCCCUAGUUUAUCGCUUUUAACGACCUAGCAGCGGUUUACAGCACGCGCUGAGCCCUAGAGCAGGAAGCAAAGGGUGCCGAAGUUCUGCGGGAAGGCGGCUUCCCAGGGCGGUGUGCUGGGGACCCACGCGGCACCGCGGGAAGGGGACUCUGCGCGCUCAACCCGGUCCCGGGCACUGCUCGCCGCCUCCACCCGCCGGCCUCCCGCAGCCAGGUCAGCGCCAUGAGGACCAAGCAGGUGAACUUGCUGAUCACCCUGGUCGCCGUCGCGCUUUUCAGCUUCUCUUGUUUCUGCAUCUACAGGAUAACUCAAACCAAUAAUCGAUUAAUUAAUUGUAGAAACCAUAUUUUGGAGUUUAAAGAAAAUAUGCUACACUUAAGAAACAAAACUGAAAAAAAUAGCCAAGAGAUGAUGAAAGUUUUGAAUCGAAUAAAGUAUGAAAUUACAAAGAGAGAAAAUUUGUCAGGAAACUUAGUUGCACAGAAAGCAGACAUAUUAAAUAAAAAUGAAACAGUAUCUAAUACAUUUGAAGACUUAAAGUUCUUUUUUCCUCAUAUAAGGAAAGAAGGCAGAAUUUAUCCUGAUGUAAUCAUUGGCAAAGGGAAAACUGGUGUUUCUUUUGCGCUGGGUAUUUCCACUGUUAAUAGAGGAAAUUAUAGUUACCUGAAACAGACACUGACCUCUGUUGUCUCCAGGAUGACGCUCUCCGAAGAGAAGGAUUCUAUAGUGAUUGUCUCGGUCGCAGAUAGUAAUGAAGAUUAUUUACAUUCUGUUGUUAAAAUGAUUACAAGAAAAUUCAAAAGGCAAGUGAGGUCUGGAUCCUUAGAGGUCAUUUCAAUACCUGCCUUUUUAUACUCAAGUAUGUUAAAUGCCAAGCACUUAGCUGAGGCCUCACAAAAAUUAGCCAGUUGGCGAAUAAAGCAAGUAUUGGAUUUUUGCAUUUUGAUGCUGUAUGCCCAACCCAAGGCCAAGUAUUAUUUACAGCUAGAAGAUGAUAUCAUAGCUAAAGAGAUGUACUUUACAAAAAUAACAGAUUUUGUAGGUAACAUCAGUUCAAAUAAUUGGUUUUUUAUUGAGUUUUCAAUGCUUGGAUUCAUAGGAAAGCUGUUUAGAUCUGAGGACUUAACUCACUUUGUACGGUUUUUUUUAAUGUUCUACAAAGAGAAACCCAUAGACUGGCUCCUGAAUGACAUUUUUCAGGUAAAGGUGUGUGACACAGGAGAAGAUCUUGGAAACUGUAUAAAAAGAAAGAAGCAAAUACGUAUUCGGUAUAAACCUUCUCUUUUCCAGCAUGUGGGUAUACAUUCAUCAUUCCCUGGAAAAGAACAAUAUGAAAAAGAUGUUUAUUAUUAGGAGUUUCAUGCUUCUAAAGCUUCUUUAAAAAGUAUCAAAAUCAUUCUUUGGAAAUAAUGGCAUAAUAAGGAUUAGACUAUUUCUCAAAUUUCUUAAGAGACUACAUCAUAUUUUAAAAUACUAAUCCUUCAAUAAAGUGAAAAUAUGAAGAUAAAGAAGCAUAAGAAGAAACUCCAUAAUACCUGGAACCUCAGAUAACCUUGAUUUCUAAUGGCAUGUUUCAGAAAUUGUAGUAAUAAAAAUACAUAAUUAUCUAGCAGAUAAGUAAACAAUCAAUAAACUAGUAGACUUGAAAGUACUAAGUGACUUCUUACGUCAAGAAAAAAAUAGAACAUUGAUUUAUAUUGCUUUUACCCUAUCGCAAUUUAAUUUAAAAAUACUAAAGGCAGGGGAGAUUUUUUUUUAAAUUAAGAACCAUACUUUAUUGACUCCAAUAGUGAGACCAUCACAUAAUUUCAAUAAACAGUUAAAAGUUCAAAAGCUUGCUAUUGUCGCAGAGAAGUUUUGGGUGAACUGGUAUAUGCUGUUACCCGUUUUGUUAAGACACAAAGAAAAUAAAGAAAAUAAAGAAAUAGAAAGCACAAAUUUAAACAAGCCUGGAUCUGACAAUGCCACAAUGUCUUCUUAUCUUUUAAUAAAUGCAUUUAAAACUACACACUUAUCCCUAUGUGCCAUUUGAACUGAUUAUCAAACAUCUUGAUACAUAUGUAUUUUGAUAGUCAUUUAGUUCUAAAGAUUUCAUAGUUUCUCUCAUUAUUGCCUUCUUAACACACAGAUUAUUUGGGAGUUUUUUUCCCAAAUAUAUUGGUUUCUCCAUCUUUUAUUGUUAAUUUCUAAAUUACUUGCAUAGUGGUUAUAGAACUUUACCUAUGUGAUAAAAUUUUGAGAAAUGUUGUGAAUCCUUAUGUUCCACAUGACUUUGGAAAGAAUGUAUAGUUUCUGUAUACUCCCUUUUAAACAUGUUACAUUCAUUUGUUUUUAAAAGUGUUGGUUUUGUGCUUUAAAAAUAUCUUUUAAAAAUAUUCCUAUCUAUUGAGUGCAAGAUUCUCUUAUAUCAGGUUUUUUAAUUUGGUCGUUGAAAUCUUUUCACUCCUUACUAAUUUAUACAUGGUUGAUCCAUCAGUUUCUUACAGGGGCCCAUUAAAAUCUAUUUUUCUUCUUGAUGUUAUUUUAUAAGAUAUUAUUUAUUUUGAGCAAUAAUAAGAGAUAUUUGUUAUCCUUUAAUCAAAUAUUGUGAAAUUCUUCAUUUCACAUUGUUGCCUUAUUCUUGAGUGCCAAGAUCUCACACAUUCGCCUCGGUGUGAACUGUAUCAGAUACCAAUUUAUAAAGAGAAUAUGAAAGAUGAA